AUUAUGCUAAUAUAGACUAACUGAUGAAAAAAUUCAGUAAUUUAUCACAAUUGAUUUCUGGGACAAUAUGUAGCACCAAAAAGUAUAUAUAUCGUGACAGGCCUAAGAAUGAUAUAUGAGCAAACUAUGCUUUUAUUGUUUUAACAUAGAUGGUGCUUGCUGCCUUAAAAGAGAAAUCCAAAGGAGAUGAAAUUCUUGAAGAGUACAAGGCCACCGAGACUUUGUCAAAUGAAAUGAGAAGAGCGCUUGUUAACAUACUGGUGGGGCACAUGACAGAGAGGCAUGGGAGGAUUCCAACCCAGAAGCAGAGAGAGCAGUAUGCCAUUGGAAUUGUGUCUUUGUUUCCUUCAUUGAAAGACCCAUUUUCCAAGAAGGGAUAUGUGAACCAAGAUUUUGUUCUUCUGUUCGAUUUGAACACAUCCUCAAAGCUCUUGGAAAGGUGGAAUGGAACCUUUAAGCCAAAAAUCAUUCAAGAAGCAAGAAACCUGACUAAGACAUCUCCUGUGCAACGUCUCCUGAUGUCAGCUGAGAAAGCCCCUGAGAAUGGGCGAAAGAUUGCUGCAAAAAUAAGUGCCUCUGAUGCAGUUGAGAAACUUGUGGUGUUUCAUAAGUCAUGCUGCAGCAUUGAUGAGCACCUGAGGAAAAGCCAAAGUCAUCAACCAUAUCUUCUAGCCGUGGGGAGGAGUCGAGACGUGAUUGACAGCUACUACAUUGCUCUGGAUAACAAGCUCAUCCCUUGUCAGACGGCUGGUUCUCUGGGUGCUUUGGAUGAGCUCUUCAAAGUACACUACAUUUUUAAUAUAUCCUAUGACAACACUCUCAUCAACUUCUACACUUUCCUGCAGACCACGGUUUAUAACAUAGAUGUUGGAAAAACAAAAGAGGCACCAAGAGUGAAAGAACUGCGAGCUAAACUGCUGAAUAGCACCUGAGCUGAAUCUUGAAAAAAUGUUGCUCUGUUUCAGAUGUGAAGGGUUGUAUGCUGAUGCCCAUUCACUGAUUUCACAUUUGAAGUGUGAACAUGGUUUCUAUCCCACUUU